AUGAUUAUAUUCAUAGAAAUAUUACAGCAAGUUAAACUCAUAAUGCCGUUUGGAAAUCAAGAAGUCAAUCGUUGUCCACGUUGUAAUCAAGCGGUUUAUCAUGCUGAAGCAUUACCAGCUGCUGGAAAGCAAUGGCAUAAAACCUGUUACCGAUGUGGUCUCUGUAAGAAAAUGUUAGAACCUAUGACAGUGACUGAACAUGAAGGUAAUCUGUUUUGUAAGCAGUGUUAUGCUCGUAAAUUUGGUAUUCGUGGUGUUGGAUUUGGUAUCGGAGCUGGAGCUCUGGCUAUGGACACUGGUGAUCGAUUCGGAAAUACUGAAUCACUUUCAAAUAAACCCAAUUAUGCUACUCCACCUGGUACUGCAGCUAAUAAAGAUACCAAUGCCGACGAAUAA